AUGGCGACCCCCGAGGAGAAGGGGGGGAGGAAGCAGCGGCGGAGGAGCCGCACAGGCAAGUACCCCGAAGACCCCUCGGCGAAGGAGCCCUUAGAGGAAGGAGGCGAGAAGCUGAAGGCGAAAGAGGCCGGCAAGUCCACGAAGAAGAUGGGAGGGAGGAAGGAAGGGGAGAGGGAGGAGGAUCCCCUCCUCAAGUUGCAGAGGUCCCUAAGGCUCAAGGGUGUGCGCCCGAGUAGCAGCAGCAGCGACGACGACGACGGCAGGGACCCCAACACGUGGGGAUUGCAGCAGUCGGUCGCUCCGCAGUCUCUCUUCCUCGUUGAGUGCACGAAGGAGAUGGGAGGGAGGGAGGAAGGGGAGAGGGAGGAGGAUCCCCUCCUCAAGUUGCAGAGGUCCCUAUGGCUCGAGGGCAGUGGGCGCCAGAAGGAGCCCCUGGAGGAAGGAGGCGAGAAGCUGAAGGCGAAAGAGGCCGGCAGGUCCACCAAGAAGAAGGGGGGGAGGAAGGAACGGGAGAAGGAGGUGGAUCCCCUCCUCAAGUUCCAGAGACGGCAGAGGUCCCGAAGCCUUUACGGUGCUGGGCGCCCGAGUAGCAGCGGCGGCAGCUUUUCCCUCUGGUGCCUCCCCAGGGGCAGGCUUCGUAUCUCUUACGCCUUGCGAUGGGCCCUGCAGGAUUUGAGUCGGGACGAGCGGCGGAGUUUCCUGGGCAAACUGCGCGAGAUCCAGCUCGAGGAGGGCUUCGUCCGCAUCCCCGAGGAGGUUCUGCACAAGGCAGGCGCCUUUCGCCUCCGAGACCUGCUGCUCAGCUACUACGGCGUAACUUACGCAGUCGAGGUGGCGGCCAAAGCACUGAGGACCGUUGGUCGCAAUGACAAGGCGGACAGGCUCCUCUCCGUCAGUGAUGGUAAGGCUUUGGUGGAUCCUGACCUUCGCAGCCGAUCAGUUUCACAGCAGCGCUGAGCUGCAGCAGUGAAGGAGGGAAGGAAAAACAACCACCUGCUUGCAAUUUUUGGAAGUAUCUUUACUUUAGCGCCAGGCAUUUAGCGCAUUUGGAAUAAUUUGGAAUGUUUCAGCAGUCUGGUGGCUUUAAAAAUUACAAAUACCUUCAGCGCCCUUAGGACACACAGAACAAUACCCAUUACAAUUAAUAGCCAAAAUAUGUAGAAAAAGAACAAAAGAAAAUUCACAUAUGAUUGGCUGCACUAUUUUCAGAUAAAUGAAAUGUUUAAAGAAGAGGUGAAGGAAAGGGGUUACGAGGAAAAGGAAUCGAAAUUCCAAAAAGAGAUAAUAAAUAACGAAUAUAAAAACCUGUCAAAAAUGUAUAAAAUAUUGUUAGAGUGGAAUACGAAGGAGGAGGAAGUAAAAUCAGUGAUGGUACAAUGGGCAAGGGAUUUCGGAUAUAACAUUCAAUUGGAGGAUUGGGAAAAGUUAUGGAGAGUGAACAUAAAAUUUACGGCAUGCACGUUACUGAGGGAAAAUGUGAUGAAGAUGCUCUACAGGUGGUAUAUGACACCUGUAAAAUUGGCUAAGAUGUAUAAGGCAGAUAACAAAUGCUGGAAAUGUAAACAAAAGGAAGGGACUUUCUAUCAUCAAUGGUGGGAGUGUAAAAGUUAAAAACUUCUGGGAUGAAAUUUAUAACGAAAUGAAAAAGAUGUUAAGUUAUACUUUUGUAAAAAAGCCAGAAGCCUUUUUAUUAGGCAUUGUGGGAAAGGAUAUCAGAAGAAAGGAUUGCAAACUCUUCCAGUAUGCGGUAACGGCAGCCAGAAUUGUGAUAGCUCAGAAGUGGAAGCAGGAAGAAAUCCCAACGGUAGCAGAGUGGAGAGUAAAACUGACAGAAUACGCCGAGUUGGAUAAAUUAACAGGGAAAAUCAGAUAUACUAAGGAUCAAAAGUUUAUUGAGGACUGGGGAAAUUUGUGGGUUAUCUGGAGAAUAAAUGUUUUGUAAAUACAACGCUAGUGGGAUUUAAAGAGGCACUGUAAAGAACUAAUAAGUAUUGUUCAAUAGAAAUAAUGUAUGAAGGGAGGAACGAAUGGCAAUAUGAAAGAAUGGAAUGUGUGUUAAAGAUAUAAACACGAAUGAAUGUCAAUGACGCUGAAGGAAGUCCAAAAUGUAUGAGAUAUAUUGAAAUAUGGAUAUAAUGUAUAAAUAAUGGGAAAUUAAUAAAAUUUAAAAAAAAAAAAAGAAAAAAAAGAAAAAAAAAGAACAAGGAAGUAAAAAUGUGACCACAAUAAGCUUUGGGCCAUUUCAAACAAGACACUCAGUAUGGAGGAUACUGGCCUCUACAAGAUGGCAUUGUGUCCAACCCAGUGAUUUUUGGGGUCCAAAAAACUGUCAAGGGUGUCAGCCAUUGCCAAGAAUAGCCUAUAUAUUAAAAAUAAUGAGGAACGGAGAGUGUGCACCCCACAGUAAGCUUCUCUCCACCCACAAUGAUACAGCCACACCCCCAGGAGACUGUCGGUGGAUCAUAUCCAUCCCAAUUUCUAAUGUAUAUGGACCCAACAGCAAAAAAAUUGCCAAAAUAUUUUGACUAGAAUAAAGUGCUUUUCAUAGCCAUCCUUUUCCUUGUAAGAAUUCUCAGGUCAUUGUCAAUCUUAGAAUCAUAGAAUCAUAGAGUUGGAAGAGACCACAAGGGCCAUCGAGUCCAACCCCCUGCCAAGCAGAUUGCUUCAGAUUGAGAGGCAACUGGUGAAAUUCAGAAGGAAAAGGUCACUUUCACCUUUCUUUUCUAUUGAUUUUUCCAUGUAUACUUCUUCUAACAAUAUAUCUUUAACAAUUUUUCAUAUUUCCUCCCUUCUCCCCUGGACUUCCCUCAUACUCCCGUUUGUUUUAUUUCCAUAUCGUUCACCCUGCAUAUUGUUUCCCUAAAAUUUGCUCAAUACAUAUACAGUGGUACCUUGGGUUAAGAACUUAAUUCGUUCUGGAGGUCUGUUCUUAACCUGAAACUGUUCUUAACCUGAGGGACCACUUUAGCUAAUGGGGCCUCCCGCCGCCGCCCGAUUUCUGUUCUCAUCCUGAAGCAAAGUUCUUAACCUGAGGUACUAUUUCUGGAUUAGCACAGUCUGUAACCUGAAGCGUCUGUAACCUGAGGUACCACUGUAGUCUUAUUUUUUUGUUGUAAACAGUUGUGAUUGUUUACUCAAACCCUGCCAAUGAGUCCAUUUCUUUAUGUUGCCUCUUCAUAUAUGUUGUAAAUGGUUCCCAUUCUCCUUUAAAGUAUUUGUUGUCCUUUUCAUGUAAUUUUUCUGUUAGUUUUGCCAGUUCUGCAUAUUCCAUAAGUUUCCCUUGCCAUUGUUCUUUUGUUGGUAUUUCUUCUGUCUUCCAAGUUUGUGCUAAUAUAAUUCUUGCCGCUGUUGUUGCAUACAUAAAUAAUUUCCAAUUUUCUUUUUUUACAUCUUGGUCUAAAAUUCCUAGAAGGAAUGCUUCUGGUUUCUUAACAAAAGUCUUUUUAAACAUUUUUUUCAAUUCAUUAUAUAUCAUUUCCCAAUAAUUUCUAAUCUUUUUGCAUUCCCACCACAUAGGAUAGAAUGUCCCAUCUUUUACUUUACAUUUCCAACAAGUUUUUGAUUCCUUUUUAUACAUUUUGACCACUUUCUCUGGUGUUAUAUACCAUCUAUAUAUCAUUUUCAUAUAAUUCUCUUUCAGUAAGAUACAAUCUGUAAACUUUAGGUUCACCUUCCACAUCUUUUCCCAAUCUUCAAGUUGUAUAUUAUGACCUAAACCCUGAGCCCACUUUAUUUGUGCUGACUUUACCAUUUCAUCUAACGUUUCCCCAUAAAGUAGGAGAUAAUACGUUUUUUAAGGUAAUUUUGUGUCACUCUCGACUAUCUCUUUUUGAAAGUUUGAAACUGUAUAACUAAAACCUUUCUUAUUGUCUUCCUUAAACUGUUCAUUUAAUUGUCUAUGAUGUAGCCAGCUUUGUAAAAAGGUCUUCAGUUCCUCAUAUCCUUUCAGCCUUAACCCUUUUCCCGCCUUUAUUAAUAAUUCUCUAUAUGUCGGCCAAUUCCUCCCUUACUAAGUGGUUUUAAUGCUAAUGCUUCCACCUGUGAGAGCCACCAUGGGUUUUUUUGGUUCUAGAAAGUUUUUAUAUUUAUUCCAAACUUUUAUAAGUGUUUUUCUUACUAUAUGAUUCUGAAAACCUUUUUUAUAUCUUUCCUGUACCAUAAUUAUGAAUGCCAACCAAAUCUAUUAUCAUGUCCUUCCAAGUCCAGUAUUUCAUCUCUUUCUAAUUUUAUCCAAUCCCGAAUCCACGUGAUGCAAGCUGCUUCAUAGUAUAAUUUCAAGUCUGGAAGGGAGAAGCCAGAGGAGGCUGACAUCCACCCCCUCAAACCCCCCCAUCGGUGGGGUUCUGAAGUACCUCACCCUCACUGGCGAUGGGAGGAGGGGGUGGGAAUCUAAGGAAAGAAUUGUCAUCCUCCUCUGUGUCCUCAAAAACUGCUUCCCAACACCCCCCACAACCCCGUCCCCAUUGGAGAGUCCUCGGGGUGUUCCUCCUCAUCAGAGCUCUCAGCGACUUCAUCAACUAUUCCCCCCCCCCGAGGGUGGGAAUCCCUCGAAGUCCCCCUCGUCCUCUGUGGGUCCAAACACUUCUCCAAAAAACCUCCCCGGGGGUUUGGGCUUGUCUGAGAAGAGAGCGUGGAAUUCCUCUAUGAGAAACUCCUCUGUUACGCACCCCUCAGAAAUCCACGCAUUUUCAGAACUGGGCACCUCCUCCCAGACAACUAGAUAUUCUAGUUGAUGUCUGUUCCACCUGGAGUCAAGUCUCUCCGUCACUGUUGCAUUGUUCCCUCUCUUCUACGUUUGGUGAGGUGGGUACCUCCUGCCCCCUCCCUGGGCAGCCGUGCCUCUCCCUGUAAGGUGACAGCAGGGACCUGUGGAAAACCGGGUGUAUUCUCAUGUUGUCUGGCAGCUUCAACCUAAACGCUACUGGAUUGACCUGCUGGAUGACCUCAAAGGGGCCCACUCUCCUAGGCUGCAGUUUCUUGCACCUCCCCCUCAAGGGCAGCCCCUGAGAUGACAACCACACCUUGUCUCCCACCUGUAUGACCUCCCCUGGUCUUCUAUGCUUGUUGGCCUCUUUCUUUUACGCCUCCUUUGCCCUCUCCAAGUUCAUCUUGAGCUGUUGGUGUAUGGCCUCCAUCUCUUCCGUAAAUUGCUCUGCGGCCGGCACACUCCAAGCCUCUUCCCCUCCGUCCUAGGAAGGCCCUGGGGUGGCACCCUUAAUUGGCAAGAAAGGGACUCAUCCCUGUAGACACGUGUUCAGCAUUAUUGUGCGCAAACUCUGCCAGUGCUAGUUUCUCCACCCAAUCGUUCUGCCUGAUUGACAUAACAGCGCAUGUACUGCUGCAAAAGGGCAUUUGCUAUCUCAGCUUGUCCGUUAGUUUCUGGGUGCCUUUCUGUCGAGAAGCUCACCUCUACCUGCAACAAACUCAUGAGCUUGUGCCAGAAACGCGAGGUGAACUGCCUUCUAUGGUCUGAAAUUACCCUCGAAGGGACCCCAUGCAGUUGGAAUACGUGAUCCACGAACAACUUGUUGGUCUCCUCUGCUGUCACCGGAUGGGAACAUGCCACAAAGUGACACAUCUUAGUUAGUAGAACCAUCACCACCAUCUUACCUCUGGAUAUGGGCAGGUUCGUCAUGAAGUCUAUGGACACCACCUCCCAUGGCCUCCCGGGUGUGGGCAAGGGUUCUAGCAACCUCGCCGGCGCCGCCCUCUCACCCUUUGCCCUUUGACACAUGUCGCAUCCUCGCACAUAAUCUCACACAUCCUCCCUUACUUUGGGCCACCAAAAAUCCCAGGUAACUAACAACAUGGUCUUGUGUUGCCCAAAAUGCCCAGCAGUGGGGUUGUCAUGGAGCUGUUUGAGAACUCUGACCCUUAGGGACUCUCCUGGUACAUACAAUGCUCCUCUGUAGAACAACAGCCCCCCUUUCUCCUCACCCCCCUGCUCCCAACCCGCGCUUGAGCUCGCUGAAUUUCCUUUGAGCAAAGUCAUCUUCUCUGGUGAGUCGCACCAGUUUUGCUUCUUCCACUAGUGCUCCUCCACAGGUCCAUUUGUCCUUCUGUAACGUAUUCCUAGCCACGGGGGGUUCUUUUUCCUCCAAGUACUCUGGUUUCCGAGAUAACGCAUCUGCCCUCACGUUCUGCUCUCCCGGGACGUACUGGAUCCUAAAAUUAAAGUUGGCAAAAACUCCGCCCAACAGAUCUGCCUCUGGUAAAGCACAUGCGCAGUGCGCCAGUAUUCCAAGUGCUUGUGAUCUGUAUGCACCUGUAUCUGCUGCUGAGCCCCAAUCAGGAAGUGUCUCCACUGCUUAAAAGCCGCAAAAAUUGCCAACAAUUCUUUGUCAUAGAUACUGUAGUUUUGCUCCAAUUUGUUCAGUUUCCGGGAGAAAAAGGCGCAAGGCCUCCAAUCCCCCCCUGCAUCUUGCUGCAACAGGACUGCUCCGAUGGCCCGAUCGGAGGUGUCAGUUUCCACCUGUAAUGGCUUGUCAGGAUUCACGUGCAGUAGCUGCUCCUCUGAUGCAAAAACAUUCUUCAGUUUCUCAAAUCCCCUUUGCGCCUCCUCAGUCCACAGAAACUUUUUCUUCCCACUGAGACAAUCAGUUAUGGGCGCUGACAAAUGGGCAAAGUUCUUGAUAAACUUUCUGUAGAAGUUGCUGAAGCCAAGAAAUCUCUGUACAUCCUUCUUUGUUUUUGGGUUUUUCCCUUUCCAAAAUGGCUCUCACCUUCUCCCGGUCCAUUGCCAGUCCCCUAUCUGACAGCCGGUACCCUAGGAACUCCACUUCCCAAACAUGGAACUGGCAUUUCUCCAGAUUGACCCAUAACUGAUGCUCCUUUUGGCUUCUCCAACACUUGCAGGAUAUCUCUUACGUGCUGUUCCUCGUUCUCCGAGAAGACUAGUAUGUCAUCUUAAAAGCAGACGCAGUUCCGGUACAGUAGGGACUCCAGUACAUGGUGCAUGAAUGCCUGGAAACAGGGGCUUCCACUUUGUAAUCCAAAUGGCAUAACAAGAUAUUCAAAUGCCCCUGGGGGGUAAACAUGGUCGUUUUCCAUUCGUCCCCCUCCCACACCCUGAUCAGAUUGUACGUUCCCCUGAGGUCCAGUUUGGUAAAAAUCCUGCCACGCCUGACUCUCGCCAAAAUGUCGUCGAUUCUCGGCAUGGGGAAGGCCAGGGGUUCCGUCAAGGAAUUGACAAUCCUGAAAUCCACCACUAGGCGGUGCUCAUUUGUCCCCUUCUUGUCCACAAAGAACACAGGACUCCCUCCCACCGCCUUGGAUUCCCUGAUGAAACCCCUCCUCAAGUUCUUAUCAAUAAACUCCUUCAAAUCAUGUAUUUCUUAGUCGGACAUUGAUUACAGCUUACCUGCCGGCAGUUUGGUCCCUGGGACUAAAUUGAUCUGACAAUUGUACGGCCGAUGUGGGGGUAACGUGUCAGCUUCCCGCUCGCUGAACACCACCUCAAAAUCUGCGUACUGUGGAGGGAUUUUCUCCUUCUCCCCCAGACACAUCGUCACGACCUUGGCUUUCCUUUCCUGUGGAAUCAUCGUUUCCCUGUUCCUUGGCCCCCUGUCCUUCCUCCUUGGCCGUUGCCCCCACCAUCCCUUGCCAGCCUUGACGCUGCGGGCAAGCCUUGGCAAAGUGCCCUGGUCGUUGACAGAGGAAACACUUUUUGCCUGUUUUCCAGUCCCUUCCCUCCUUUUUCCUGCUUGUUCCUCCUCUGCCGCUGCAGACAGUGGCAAAGGCGGCGGAGGAGCAGCCUGAAAGGGCUCCUUUCUCGCUGUUCGUCCCUAUGCCGCUCGCAAGAGCAGGCAUAGGAGCCCGGUUGGGGGAGGCACAGCGCAGCACAGCAGAAAGUAUGCUGGAAAAGUUGUCUUAUAUUCGAGUAUAUGCGGUACUAUUUUUCCUCUGGAAACCCAAAUAAACAAAAAACCCACCCCAUUUUGCAUAAAAUGCCCCAGAAAUGCAUUGAAUUUACCAGAUUGGAUUCCAUCAUUUUUUAAAUAGAGAAAUUAUCAAUGAAAGGUCAAGGAUGUGUCGGUAAGUUGGCCCAAACUUUCUCUGAAUAAGUGUUUUCUGGUUCUGGGUGUUUUGACUGUUGACAAGUGGUAUUUAGAAGGUCUACAGUCUAAGCCUCUUCCCAAAUAUGUUGGAAUUCUCAUUAGGGUAGAAAAACACACACACACCCCGCUAGUGUGACACCCCACCCCGGUCAUUAGUUAAGGAAAUAAGCGCUUAACCAGCAAGAAAUGCACUAGAGCCAAUUCAAUACAGAAAAAGACGGGGGGGGGGGAAUAAAACACCCAAUUUUGACCUCUCCCUUACCUGCCCACAGGUUACAGUACCAAGUCCCUUGUUAUGCGGAGGAUUGCAAGAAAGAAAAAAGUGUGGUAAGUCCAUCACAAUUCUGUUUGCAGCUUACAGUGGAAGAGCAAUGAUUGGAUGGUAUGAGUUUCAGAAGACAGGAUUAGACCUUAGCUUGGGAGAGAGCUGCAUCUAGGAACCAGGAUGGGCAAAUGUGUUUCUGGAAAGAACAGUGCUAAGGGAUUCGGUGAUAAGCAAGGGGGACAAAGGACUGACAACCCCCCAAAUUUCAAGGAGGGGUCUGGAUCCCCUCAAUAUUCUGUGGUUGUGACCAUGGACGUAGGCAGGGGGCCAGCUGUCUCUCCCCUCCGAAUCCUUCUGGGAUCUGAUUGUGAACAGAAUGUGAGUGAACUUUUUUUAUACUUUUAUAGAAGACUGUCGUGUCUUAUCUUUUAUGAGGGAAUAAAGGGAAAAUACCAGAACAGUUUUUAUAGAGGCGAGCCUGAGCAAACACAUCUGCUGUGAGUUUAAAAAGGGGAAUGUUACUCUGCUAAACUGUGAACUUGUUUACACAAGUUGGAAAGGCUAUAAUCAAACAAUAUAUCCUCUCCUGCAUCCCUGAACAUUCCCACAUGGUUUGCAUGCAGGGCUGGCCCCAGACAUUUUGGAACCUGAGGCAAAUCAAAUUGGUGUUCCCCCAGGAAAUUGUAUUUGCUAAGGGUGUGUGUUGGAAAACACAGGGGAAAGUCACUUCUCUCCUUUCUUUCCCUCCUGCCUUCUUUCCUUCUCAGCAGCCCCACCAGCAAUGAGCAGUGGCAGGAGCAGCAUCAGUGGCAGGGAAGACCCUCGCCCUGCUGUGGGGGGAGGCAGUGCUGGGGCUUCUGCUCCUCUCAAGGAGGAAUAAAAAGAGUGGAGGAGUCACAUGCAAUCCAGGGGGGUCCUUAACAAGAGAUGGCAAUCUUUUUCCAAAACGCAUGUUAUGUACACACAUGCACACACUUUCCCUUUUUCAAAACCAACACCUAAAUGUAUACAAAAUCCAAUCGGUGGGUGGUGGGCUCCAGGAGGAGGACUGUCACACUAAACCUCGAGUUAACUUGGUUGAUUAGCUAGCUCUGCUAGAAAGACUGCCCCAUUCUGCUCCCAGUAUAUUUCUGAAGUCCAUUAUUUAUAGCUGCCCAGGGGCAGAAGGGUUCCCCACUUAGGCCUUUUAAAAAACCCUAAAAUCAAAUCCUGAGUUGCCAGCUUGUCAGUUCCCCACCCCCUGAUGGGGUGGCUAGUGGCUAUUGCCUUCUGCUGGUGGAAAGGAGGCUGCCUUGCCUGAAAGCCAGCUUGAUAAUAAUAAUACUAUAGCCCAGAAGGGAGAGAGGGAGAAGCAACAACAAAAGAGGCAGCUGAUGGGAUUGAGCUUCCUUUACAGAUUUGGGCCACCAGCACAGCUUCAAACCAGCCACACACCUUCCUUUCAGGUCUCUGUUUUGAAAAUCACUCCAUUACAACUUUGCCCUCCUUGUUCCUUGGGAGUACAAGUGAAGUCGUAACAGUUCCAUUUUCAAAACAGGUGUGCAACUGAGGAGGCGGGAGAGUUAGUGGGCUGCGAAGAGGCACCCAAGCAAGGUGAAAUAAGCUGCCUCUUCAUGGGCAGCCUGGCUCUGUUUGCAUGCAGAAAGUAUAAAAACUAAGUCAGCAAGGGGCAUCAGCUUUGGAUGCAACCUAGAGAGCAGUGCAAAAUGUAUCACUAUCACGAAGACUGCGUAUAUUCUUGGCCGUUAAAAAAGGGAUGGCUUUCUUUUCAAUGUGGAAUAAAUCAGCAUGUUUUCCAGAUUGCAAUGGAAAAGCAGAUCUCAGCGUGCUCAGAGGAUCAGUGAGGGCAGUAUACUAGGGGUGGAGAAAUUAAGCCCCAGCUUGUAUCCCAAUCAAGCUCUAAUUCUCUCCCCACAGCAAUGCCUAAAAUCAAAUAAAUGUUUUUGCCACAGGUCACUGGAAGGAGUCGCUAUCACUGGUGAUGAAAUAGUCUGCAAAGGAAGAAAAGAAUUACUUGAAAUUAUUGAAAAGGACCUAGAAUUCUUUUUACGUGAAUUAUGCUAUGGCUUUAUUAUCACACCGAAAGAAUACCGAGACUAUCAGAAAGCAGAGGAAGACUCCAAAGAGAAAAGUCAAAAACUGCUGAAUAUGAUCCAGGAAAGGGGGGAGGCAACUUGUUGCUGGUUCCUGGAACAAGUAGAAAGGAAACAUCCAGGCUCCAUUCAGAUUCUGCUAUUUGCAGUACAUGGUGAGUUUGACUUAGAGUACUUUCUAAGCUUCAGGGACAGUUCAGCUACCUUCCUUUUCCUUCCAGCAUUCAUGUCAGGUAAAGAAUUGUCUUUUACAGGCUCAGGUAAAAAAUUGGUCCAGGCGACAGGCUCCUCAGUGACGCAGUCAGAAUCCCCACUAUUUGCAGAGGAAGGAAGAAAAACCAAGAUGGAAAACCCAGCAUGUUUUGGCAUAAGAGUCGUGUGUAACCUGUGUCCCAGUGAGGUAGGUGACUGGACAUCUUACUUGCAUACACAUUGAUACUUGGCAGGUGGUUCUGUCAAAGCUCUGAUGGAUUUCUGGAAUGGAGAAAUGACCAGGGCAGCUUCUCUUCUCUGCAACUGGAGCCAAGUCCCCUGGUUGUUUAUAAUAAUAGUUGAACAGCAACAGGCCCAGGACAGAACCCUUUGCACCCCACUUUUCAUUUUUUCCUGAGGAUCAAAAGGAAACAUUAAUGAGCACUCUCUGUGUUCCUUUGGUCAGUCAACCAGCUACAAAUCCACCUAAUGGUCAUCCAGCCCUCAUUUUGACAGCUUCCCUGCAAGACUAUCAUGGGGAACAUUUUCAAAAGCCUUUUUGAAAUCAAGAUACACUACGUCCACAGCAUUCCCCUAAUCCACCUGAUUCCAUUUCUGACGAAGACUAGAAUCACCAUUUUCUGCUUGGUCUCCCACAUUUCUCGAAUUGUCUGCCAUGUUGCUAGUAGUCUGUGUCUGUUUCUGUAGUGGACCCGUACUAGAUUGCUUGCAGUUGCACAGCUUGAAGAAAUCAGAAAGAUUGCCUGUUUUUUUGUUGAUUCAGAAUCACCGGCAUGCCCAAAGAAUUAAGAAUAAAUUUAUGAUGAAAAGUAAGUGCAAGGUUGGUUUUGUAAGAGGGUUUGAUUCUGGCCUUUGCUGGAGUUAAGGAUUUAGGCAGCCAUCUUCAUCAGUAUUGGCCAUGCCCAAUUUGCCUUUCUACAGCAGGCGUAGGCAAACUCAGCCCUCCAGAUGUUUUGGGACUACAAUUCCCAUCAUCCCUGAUCACUGGUCCUGUUAGCUAGGGAUCAUGGGAGUUGUAGUCCCAAAACAUCUGGAGGGCCGAGUUUGCCUAUGCCUGCUCUACAGUCAUGGGGGAAAAGAAAGUACACCCUUUUUGAAUUCUGUGGUUCUACAUAGGAGGACAUAAUAACAACCAUAUGUUCCUUAGCAGGUCUUCAAAAUAGGUAGCACAUGAUGUCUAACACCAUGCCAUGGUUUAUUUAACAGAAAUAAAGCCAAAAUGGAGAAGCCAUGUGUGGAAAACUAAGUAUACCUUACGAUUCAAUAGUUUACACAACCACCUUUAGCAGCAAUAACUUGAAGUAAUUGUUUUCUAUAUUACUUGUUUUCUGUAUUACUUUAUCAGUCUCUCACAUCGUUGUGGAGGAAUUUUGGCCCACUCUUCUUCACAACAUUGCUUCAGUUCAUUGAGGUUUGCUGGCAUUUGUUUAUGUGUAGGUCUCUUCAAGUCCCAUCACAGCAUUUCAAUUGGGUUGAGGUCUGCAGUUUGACUGAGCCAUUGCAACACCCCAAUUCUGUUCUUUUUCAGCCAUGCUGUUGUAGAUUUGUGGGCAUGCUUCGCAUCAUUGUCCUGAUGCAUGACCCAAAUUUGGCCAAGCUUUAAGCUGUCUUGGGUGGCCUCAUGUUUGACUCUAGAAUACUAUGGUAUACAGAGGAGUUAACUCUGACUCAAUGACUGCAAUGUUCCCAGGUCCUGUGGCUGAAAAACAAGGUUUCUCCUGGCUACCCUUCCAAACAAACUAUAUUUGUUCAGUCUUUUGCUAAUUGUACUGCCAUAAACUUUAACAUUUAACAUGCUAACUGAGGCCUGUACAGCCUGAGAUGUAACUCUUGGGUCCCUCCCCCCCCCAAUUUCUCUGAGCAUUGUACGGUCAGGCUACUACAGCCAAAACGAAUGCAGAACAAAGCAGAUACAGAAGAGCCUUUAGAGGUGUUUUUUGUGGGUUUGACCGCAAGCAGUGCUCCUUGGUGUGGUCAUAAGGAUGUUAGAAACAGACAAGAAUGCCCUGUUUUCAGAUGCGAAAAGGUGUCUGGCGGCCACAUUAAUGAAUAAGGAUUUUGUUACAGGGUCUUCCAGAAACAGUCAGACCAGAGGUGCUUUCGGAAUCAGAGCGGAAUCAUGAAAGAUACAGGUGAUCUUCCAAAGCUUUCAUGAAUGCCUCCCUUGUUCUCUUUGAAUGGCACUAGCACCCACCUGAGAGAUGCCGGAACUGAGUUCCGGAGAGUUCUGACUCAAAGAAAGGUCUGGUGUGGUGAAAGGUAAAAAUAAUAUGUGCUCAUCCCCAGCGCCUCUCAUGGCCCUAUCUGGCAAAACAUGAAGAAAGUGGCUAGCCCAAAACCACCCAAGGAGCUUCAUGAAGGAAGAUCAUUGUCCUGCUUUCUCUUUCUCCACUUCCUGGGCUUUAUUGCCCCUUCGUCCAAAUAACCGUCUCUACUUAUGAUUUGCUACACUGUCCAGACAUUUGCUGGGAUGCAAACCAUCCAUCCCACUUUUUAGUUGUGAUCCUGGCAUUAAUAUUCCACAUCGCCAAGCCAUUCUUUUGUGCACUGCUUUCCAUAGGGGUUUAAGUGUGCAUAGGUCUAUUCUUAAUCUUCAUAGAAUCAUAGAAUUGUAGAGUUGGAAGGGACCCAGGGGAUCAUCUAGUCCAACCCCUGCAAUGCAGGAAUAUGCAUCUCUCCCAUACAGGGAUUGAACCUGCAACCCUGGCACUGAUCAGCACCAUGAUAUUUUAUAGUUAAAUAUUAUCGAGUCCAAGUAGUUGGGGUGGGGAUUUCUUCCCAUCAGGAAGAUGCAGAGGGUGUCCGGCUGGUGUUCAAUCCACUUCUCUUUCCAUUUUUCCCUUUGUGGCAUUCAGGCUGUGCUUCACGAAGGCCGGAUCCUUCCUUUGCUUUUAUACUGAUGUAAUAUUUGAGGUGAGAGGAGCUGUGACCAUCACCUACCACUUUGAUUCAUGGUCUAAGCACCUGGCCGAACAGAACACAGAGGACUGGGUUGUCGCUGGGCCUUUGAUCAACAUUGAAGCAGAUCCAGCAAAGGCUGUGGCAGCUGUUCACUUCCCUCACUUCUUGUGUCUUGCAGGUAUGGUAGGCGAAAAAGUUUGGAACAAAAUAAAUAUUGCAUGUAACAGGAUGGGUGCAGUGAUGAGCUCUGUCAUCCACACUCAGGGGAGGUCAUGCCCAGGCUGGCUGCAGAGGAGUGGUGGGAGGCACCAGUUGGGGAACCCCCAAGGGAACCCCCAGGGGAAGAAGGCUCAGAGCCAGCAGAGUGCUGGUGGGACAAUGACGAGGGACCAGAGGGAGCAGCCUGGGAGGAGGUGGUGUUGGAAGCUGGAGAGGGAACAGGGUUUAGUGAGCAGGAAGGGACUGUGACUGAGAGGAGUGCAGAAUUGGAGGCAGAAGUGGAGACUGGAGAGGAAGGGGGCCAGGAGACAGAUGUGAGGCAGGCCGCUGAGAAGCCAGGGAGUCUCCCUUCCUGAUGUGACCAGCUUUCUUCUCCAUUUGUCUCCCAGAAUCAGAAGUGGUAUGAAGAAGGCAGAGCAAAUUCAGACAUGGUGUUGGAAUCUCAGAUCACUUUGGGAAGGACCUGGGGGAGGAAAAGCCUUAGGGAACAGCCUCAUAGGGGCUAGAUGUACUGGAAUGAGUUGCAAUGCUCAGUAGGUGUGGCUUCCUGGGCUACCCUUCUUUCUUUCUAGGUAAAGAUGUUUCCCAAGUCUACAUUGCACAUUUUGUGGAAGGGGGGAUGAGUCUAGAGAAGCCAGACAGAGUGGGGCCGUAUCGUCUUAUUUUGGAAAACCCAAACUUCUCUCCGCGUGGAGCCAUUUUGAAAACAUCAUGGUCAUGGUUUAAGUGGAAGAUACUGGUCCACACUGUGGCACUGCUCUAUCAAAUGGUUCAGUUCCAGCCACCAACAUUCCAUCUGUACCUCCUACCCAAUGACUCUUCUCUAAGAAAGGUAAUCGGGAUUCUCCAACUGUGAUUGGUAUUCCAGACGUCCUGGAUCUUUUGCUUGACCAUAGGACGCCUGACAAUGUAGCUAUACAAAAUUAUGCAUCAGAGUGUGACAUGGUUCAUGAACUGUAUCUCUCAUUGUUGGGCUUGAACUAAUUUACCAAACUGCUUUCCAACAUUAACAUGCCCCUAGAAAGAAGAUUGGCAGUUGUCACUCAAUGAAUUACUUUUGUUCCCACCAGUAGUGAUGUUUAAAAUGGCAUUUCCAAUACUGAAAUAAGCAUUUUUCUUUUGCUGGGUAACCUCCUUUCCAGAGGUCCACUGCCUUGCCUGGUUCCCUUGAUAACAGAUAUGUCAAUGAAAUAAUGCAAGCAAAUAUAUUUAUGCUCCAGUUCUAAGUCCCCUAAUCCUUCUCUGAAAUCAGUGGAGCUUCCUUCAAAAUAAAUGUAUUUAGUGAUGACCAAAUUUUCCUUGCUUUCUUUAGGAAUUGGCUUAGUAGUUACUAUGAGGUUUCUCCAAAGUCUCUGGAGGAAAUCCGUUGGUUCUGGUUUGCAAAUAUUGCAAACAUAAAAGAUAAAAUGCCUUCUCAAUUUUAACUGCUCCUAAGAAUUUUAUCUUACUUUUUCAGCCUUCUAUGGUUUCCUGUGUUGUCUCAUCAGGAGAGGUGGCAGGGUGUCCCAGGAUAGCUGGUUCCCCUUUUGUUGCUUCAUAGGUCACCCUGGCCAUUCCAAGAGUCCAGACUGGAGUUCCCCAUGGGGUGAGGAAAUGACAUGUCCAUAUUUUGGUCUCUACUACCAAAGUGGUUUAGUUUUCUUUAUAUCACUGGUGGAGAUCCUGUGUCCUUUCAAAUGCUGUGGGACUACAAAACCCAUCAUUCCUGACUCAUGACAUCUAGAAGGUUGCAGGUUCCCCAUCCCUGCCUUACAUGCUGCAACAAAGCCAAGAAAGGGGUAGGGAUCCAAUCUUCCAGAAGUUGGUUAUCUUUCUUGCAUAUCUCAAAAGUGACAUUUGCCUUUCCCAGGCGGUUCAUGAGCAUGAAGUACAGUGUCCUUCACAGAGAAUAGACAAACCCCCUUGGACCCUGAAACCUUUGACAAUUGGCUGUCGCUUCUUUGUGGAGACAAAUGAUGUCAGAAUCUGUCCCAAGGUGAGGCACAAAGAUGAUGAACGGCUUUGCUAGGGCAGAGCCAAGGCUUUAAAGUAUGAGAACGGGAGAACUCCACCAGGAUCCCUCAUCACCCUUUAAUUUGACUCCCUUGGACUGGUCAACUGGGCUAAGCCUUGUUUGCACAUAAAUAAGGCAGUUUCAUGCUUCCCCACAGGAAGUGGAGUUUCAAUAUCUGGAUGCUGACAAGCUGCAGCAGUACGUGGAACUGUCUGCUGAGCAAAUGCAAGAUACCUUCAACUUUAGUGUGAUGGAGAAGUUCAAGAAUGAACUCAUCUGGGAGGCCCUUGUGACACAAAGUGAGUUGGAAUGGAGGAAGAUCACAAGGUUGGACCAUAAUUUGGGAGGCAGGGUGAUAAAGGACAUCCCAGUCACAUUCCCUCUUUGACUUCCUCUUUCCUGUUCUGUAUCAGAAGAGUUAAAGUCCCCUGAGAUGAGUUCUCCUCUUCUACAAGAAGCACAAGGUCAGCAGGUUUUAAUUAUUUCCUCUUACUUAAAAUCUCACCUUCCUCCCAAUGGGAGCACAGAGUGGCUGGUGAUAGAGUACUGCUGUAUACAUGGUACAACACAGAAAAGUCACUCUUGUUAUGGAAUUGCCUUCCGAUAUAGCUCCACCUGGCUUUAUAUUCUUUUUUGGUGCCAGAUGAAGGUCUUUCAAUCCAGCUCAGUUAUGUAAAAAACAACUUUGGCGUGGAUUCAAAUAACCUAAUGUGUUGAUGGAAUCUUGUCCAAGUGCUCAGACUAGUGCAAUUGGGCUAUCCUCCCUGCGCCCCGCAGUUCCCCCAGAUGUGCUUUGAAGGGUCAGGAGAACCUCCAGAACAGUGGGAAAGGGAGUAAUGUGUGUUCUUGGCUGUUGUGGGGAGAACUCUCAGUCUGUCAAGUAGAAAUGGCCAUAGAGGGUGAUGUUGAAUUUCCCCUGGUAUGUUUUACCACAUGGGCUUCUUGGUUUUCAGUGAUACAGUGCUGCAUACAUGGUGCAACAAGGAAAAGUCACGUUUGUAAUGUUAGGGAAUCUCCUUCCAAUACAGAUUCCCCCUGCUUUAUAGUCUCCUUUGGUGCCAGAUGAAGGUCUUUCAUACCAGCCCAGUUUUGUAGAAGCCACUAUGGCCUGGAUUCAGCACACCCUGUGUGCUAACGGAAUCCAGUGCAAAUGCUCACGAUAGUGCAAUUGGGCUUUCCUCCCUGCUGGGCUUGGGCAAUAUAUUGAUAUAUAUCACCCAGGACCCAGUAUGAGGGACAGACCAUGAUGUCAGUUUCACUCAGCGGUGUAUCGCUGGUGAAACUGCUGGGCACCUGAGUCCCUCGGCCAGCAGCACUCGCUGGAGGGAGUCAAGGUCCUCUCCUGGUUCAUGUCCCAUGAUCAUCAUUUUCCCAUAGUCCCUCCUUGUUUCAUAUGUAUCCACGCCCUUUUGCUUUCUCUCUUUUCCAGGUGCUUCUUGCUGCACAUCAGCUGAUGCAGCAUCCAGCAGCACUGACUCAGGACAUGGUGCGGAAAGCAGGUAGGGCUUAAGGUUCCCUUUCCUCACAAAAGGCCAGUCUUGCUAUUAGGCCCAUUGAAGCAGCUUGGCCUUUUCUUGCUGAUAAACGUAAGGACUAUUGCAACCCGCAUCUCUUCCUGCUCCCUCUGGGCCAAUCCCAGUCACAGAAGUUGGCAGCACUUGCAGAUGGUGUGUCUCCUUCCCGGGUCCCUUUGCUGAUCUUCUCUUGUUUUGUGCCUGCUUUGCCCUGCCUCUGGGGUGAAAAUGCAGAGUGAUGAAGAAGACCACCAGAGACCACCUGGUGUCCAUCCUGGAGAACCUGAGGGAGGAUGAUCUCAACAGGUUCAAGUUCAAGCUGAACAAGAUCCCUGUCAGUGAGGGCCAUGACAACAUUCCCCUGGGGCGGCUGAAGAAAGCAGAUGUCAUGGACCUGAGCCAACUCCUCCUGAGUUUCUACACGGAGGAUUAUGCUGUGCAGGUGACGGCUGAUGUCCUCAGAGCUAUCAACUGCAGGGAUGAGGCACAGAGGCUCCUCAGCCUCACCAGGAAGAGGUAAGAAAGAAGGAGGGCCUUCUCAUGGAACUUGCUAGGAGGCCAAUGGAGCACCAGUCGCCCUUGAUGUCAGUGCCAGAUUACCAAAUAGGCAGAAUAGGCACCGGCCUUUGGGCCCCACACUGUUUAGGGGCCCAUGACAAUGGAUCAGAAUAAUAUUGAUUUGAUUUUGAAAGAAAAUUACAAAAGAUUAUUAGGGGAUAAUUUAUGAGCUCCUCCCUCCGGAGAUUUUGACUGCCUCUGCAGGGUUUAAUCCUGCGCUGCCUGAUGCCUCACCCACUGUGAGGUGAGGGGGAUUGAUUCUGAUCAUCUCUUCAUGGAGUCUGAGGAGGUGAAAGGAGAAAAACUUUAUUUCAGGGAUAACCAAUCUGGUGCCCUUCACUGUUGGUUUAUCUUUUUUAUUUAGCAGAAUUUAUAUAACGCUUAGUUGUAAUAAAAUACCUACUGUAAGCAAUUUGUAUUAAACAUAACGUCAUUUUUUAAAGUCAGAUGUUUAAAGUGACUUGAGUGGAAAAAAUUCAAAAUGUUACUAAUAAAAGCAGUUAAAAUAUAAUUUUUUAAAAUGAAUUCACAUAUGAAGAUAAAUGUCAGCUUCACAUUAUCUGGGUCGGCUUGCCUUAAAAAAUAAGUUAUUUUUUAAAAAGCAGGCAUUUAACAUAAUACAAAGAAGGCAGCUGCCUAAUGUCAAUGGCCAGGGAGUUCCACAGGGUAGGGGCUGCCUUGCUAGAAUAUGGGUUCCUCUCAGGUGUUUGACUGCUGCUCCCACCAGUCCCAGCCAGAACAAGAUCAAAUCUAGAUGGGAGAGAUUGUAGGACAGCUUGUUCUCACUGGAAGCAGGUGCAUUAGUGAAGCUUUUCACAAUUAUAGAGAUGUCUUCAUAUAUUUGGAUUAUCUGCAUAGGCCACCACUUGGAACAUUCUAGAGUUCUGUUUCCCUGAUGUUGCUGAACAUCAACUCCCACCCUCUCCAAGGUCAGGUUAAGCUAUCUGGGGGUGAUGGAACUUGUAGGCCAACAACAUCGGGGGCCCAAAGUUGAAGAUCAUUCUCUAGAGGUAAUUGUUGAACCUCCAGAAGUUGUUGAACUUCAACUCCCAUCAGCCCCAGCCAGUUUGGGCAAUGGAGCCCAGGAUGAUGGGAGUUGUAGUUCAGCAACAUUUGGAGGGCCAAAGGUCCCCUAUGCUUUUUCUAGGGUUCCUGACAGCAUUUGGGGGCUACUUUCCUCUUCAUUUCUUGACAAUAUUUAAUUGAUUCACACAUGUACGGAAUUGUUUUUUUCUUUCCUCCAGGAACUAG